AUGCAGUUUACUUUGGUGAUUGUCGUAAACAAAGUUAAGCUAUGCCCGUUAACCGAGGAACCAUUGAAAGAGAUCGAUGAGCACCGAUCGGCGGGCGGCAGCUGGGAGGAGCCGGUGAGCGCGGUGCGAAACACACCGCUGCGUCGCUCACAAAGGCUCAACUCCACCCUGGAUUCCAGAAGCACCGGCCAGUUGCGGAACACACUGAGUCGCGCGCGGGAGCUGUGCGAGCGCUGGCGCAGCGGGCGCGAGGCGCCGGCCCCGCCCGCGCCGCCGCCGGACGACGAGGGCGGCGGCCGCCUGGCGCGCUGGUUCAGCGUGCGCCGCGGUUCCGCGCACCACUACGACAUGCACACGCACGACACUGACAAGAUGCCCAAACUACCCGAGUUGGAGGAGGACAUGUUCUCAUGUGGCGGUGAGGUGCGGGGCGGCAGGGUGCCUGCGCCGUCACUCGGCCCUCCCCCAGAGGCCCUCACUCCUGUGCAGCUGAGGCGGAGGCACGUGGUCGCUGCGAUCAUACACAGCGAAAACUCAUACGUCGCUACGCUUCAAAGGCUUGUCAAUGACUACAAGAAACCUUUAGAGGAAAGCAGUCCGGCGAUCUUAAACGCGAGCAAGAUCCAGACGCUGUUCCACCGGUUGCCCGACAUCCUGCAAUGCCACCUUCACUUCCGCACCGCUCUCGCCGACUGCGCGCGCACGUGGGACCGCGACGAAAAAAUUGGCGAGGUCUUCUUAAACGCGUUUUCAAAAGCGGUGGUGCUCGACGUGUAUUCGGACUUCAUAAACAACUUCUCAUUGGCGAUGGAACUAGCCAAGAUGGAGUCGAAACGCAAGUCUGCGCUUGCAGAUUUUUUCAAAGUGAAACAGAUCAGCGCCCAUGACAGGCUUUCAUUCUUCGGUCUCAUGGUGAAACCGGUGCAGCGAUUUCCGCAAUUCAUCAUGUUUUUGCAGGACCUCUUAAAACACACGCCGCCGGGCCACGCCGACAGAGUGGCGCUACAGCGGGCACUGACGCGUCUAGAGGCUUUAGCUGAGGCGUUGAACGAGAGGAAACGAGACGCCGAAAGGACGCAGGCGUUCCGCGCGGCGCUGCGGCGGCUGACGCGCGGCGGCGUGGCGGGCGCGGGCGGCGCGGGCGGCACGGCGCGCUUCGGCGCCGCGCGCCUGCUGGCCUCGCGCGCCGACCGCCGCCACCUGCUGCGCCAGGACGACCUGCUGCAGCUGGAGUUCAACCAAUCGGGCGCGCUGACGAAGUGCAAGCCGCGGAGGCUGCUGCUGCUUAACGACCUGGUGGUGUGCGUGUCGGUGGGCGCCGGCGGGGACGACGCCGAGCGCCUCGGCCUCAAGUGGGCGCACCCCGUGCACGACGUCGACGUGCUCGACACCGGCACUUCGCCUACGCUCAGCCGCGUGCUCGCGCAAGGGAUGAAUCGCAGCGGAAGCUUACGUUCGAAUUCUGGUAUCAACGGGCAUAGCAAUACGUCAACGGGUGAUUCUCUAUGUAAUGAGAUGUCAGCGUUAAUGCACGACUAUGAAAUGGUGUCGAGGAUGGCCGAUUUAGCGGCUUCCUUGAAAACACCGUACCCAGAGUUGGCACCGGAAAUGUUCAAAGCCCUACUACAAAAUAUACAAAAGAGUAUACAGAAGAAAGACGAUGAGAUGGCGUGGGUGGAUUCGUGCUGCCUGCAGCUGACGAUCCGCGGGCGCGAGGAGCCGCUGACGUUCCGCGCGCAGGAGCCGGGCGCGCGGCUGGCGUGGGCCACGGAGCUGCGGCUGGCGCAGCUGGCGCAGGCCGCCGCCAACUCGCCCGCCUGGCGCCUGCCGCACCACGCCGCGCCGCACGCCGCGCCGCUCUACGUCACCGCCGCGCCCGCCUACUGCUCCAAGCAGCUCACCGAGGUGCGGUGCGGGUGCUUCUACCGCAGCGGCGGGCUGGCGCGCGGCGCGCUGUCGCGACGCGCUCGUUCUCUGCUGUGGGUGUGUGCGGGCGGCGCGGCGGGCGCGGGGGGCGCGGGCGGCGCGCCGCACAGCCACGUGGCCGUGCUCGCGCACCGCGCCGCCACGCUCAAGACGCUCGUCACGCUCGACCUGCCCGACACCAAGGUUAAUUCUAUGGAAUAUGCAAAAGGACUUCGACAAGUGACCACGCUGUGCGGCGACACAGUGUGGCUCGGCACUGAAGACAAGAAGAUAAUCAUAUUCUCCGGCGUCGAACCGGAGAAGCAAGAGAAGUUGACAGAAGUGCAGACAAUCGCAGCUGUCACACAGAUACGCUACCACUGUGACUCAAUGUUCGUGGGACUCGCUAACGGAAGAGUUUCGGUGUACAGGAGAAAUAACGAUGACUCCUGGGCUUUACAAGAACCUCUAUAUGUAGAACUGGGCGAUAAGCCUGUCCAUUGUGUUCUACCGGUUGAUGGUAUAGUUUACGCAACUUGUGGCCGGCGUGUGUUUGCUAUAAACGCCCUUACAGCCGAAAUAAUGCGCAUCUUAGAUCUUAAAGGGGAGGGUAACCAUCCCGUAAAGUACUUAGCACACUCUGGAGUUGGUCUUUGGACGGCAUUCUCAGAUUCAACAUACGUUAGCUUGUAUCACGCGGAAACUUUCGAGCAUUUGCAAAAUAUUGACAUAGCCGCAGAUGUCGCUAAGACCAUAGGAGCUAGGGAGGGCAGUAAACCGGCUUACGUGUCCGCUUUAUUAGCAAGCCAAGGACUUUUAUGGGUUGGGACGACUGCAGGCGUUAGUGUGACUGUGCCUUUACCAAAAUUAGAAGGACUUCCACUUGUCGGUGGACAUAUAGCUGUAUCAUAUCACGCACACGCAGGUCCCGUGACGUUCUUACUGUCGCUACUACCAGAAAACAGAGAAGUAGACGUUAAUGUAGUACGACGGAAUCUUUCCAACGUCCGCGCUCUAGCUGACAAUAACGCUCUGCAGGAGUUUAAAGAGGAGGAAACAAAAGAUGAUCUCGACAAACCAAAACUUGAACGGCGGAUAUCAGAAGAGUCAAGCCCGUACCGACCACAACGUGUCCAAUCGGCGAUAGUACGACGCAAAAAGCCGGGAGAUGUGCGUUUAAGUAAAACAUUGCCGAAAUGUGCCAAUUUGAACGCGUGUGACGUUUACGGCUUAUUCGGUGAUCUCAUGUUCGUGAAGGACUGUGUUGGAGAGGCUGAUGUAAACGGAUCCGGGGGUGAAGCAUUGAGAAGAAGCGAUCCAGAGUUAGCGGCUAUACCCUUCCGCGUCAGCACUUUGGAUCGACGACUCAGAAUGAGAGCAGGAAGGCCGAGGAGUUUAGACCUUUCGAGUUGGUCCGUGGAUUCGAGAGCAUCUAGUUUGUGUACAUCUUCAGGUAGCGAGGAGUCCAUGGCACUUCGUGGGAUUUCCCGUACUAGCUCCGGUGCUUCUGGUGCAGCCAAUCUCGCCCCUCUUGCCGUUUCAACACCAGACUCGUCUUCAGGCAAAUCUUCCGCUUCAGAGCGUUCUAUAUCCAGAAGCGAUUCAGCCACAGCUGUGGAAGUUAGAACCAGUAGUAAGAAUGCUGCUAGAAGUCUCCGUGCUACUGAUUACAUAGUUGGAGAAAGUGCAGUGAGGCGUUCCGUUGUAACUGUAAUGGGUGGACGAGGGUAUGUAGAUUGGAGGCAGACGGCAGACGCCUCAGAAAGGCCAGUCCCUGCCGCUGAUCCUAACCCUAAAGACGCACAUUUGAUCUUAUGGGAAAUGCGUUUGUGA